CUCGCUCUCUCUCUCUCUCGCUCUUUCUUUGUCUGCGAUCAGCUCAGACCCAGCUCAGAGACUCCAGGAUCAGUACUGGGAUAGCCUCAGAGUCGGACGCCCAGGCUUCGCUUUACAUUAAACUUUUACUCACAAGCUUGGUUACCAGCAGAAUGACUCCAGGACCAGUGCUGUUACUGUGGGCUCUGGCUCUUCUCGCUACCGUGGCAAGCCAGGAGUAUGAGAACCGAAUGGAGAGCCAUAUCGAUCGCUCUGUCCCCUGGAUCCACACCUUCCGCCAGGGGUUCAACUUCCAGUGUCCCCAUGGAGAGGUGCUGGUGGCCCUGCAGAGUGUCUUCAGUGAGAAGGAAGGGUCCGACCGCCUCUGGGCCUUCGAGUGCCAGCAGACUCCCACCACCCUGGGGCACCCCACAGAGUGCUGGUGGGACGACACCAACCGUGCCGGGAUGGAGUGGUCUUCAACAUGCGGCAACAAUGGUCUGGUGGCGGGGGUGAUGAGCAAGUACUUUGAGCCUGUCCUGGACCGUGAGUGGUCGUUCUACUGCUGUCGCUACAGCCGCCGCUGCCCCUACUCCUGCUGGAAAUCUUUGGACGUGCCUGAGCAAUACAGAGAGGAGGGAGAGUUCGUCAUCCCUGGCUAUGGCUACUUCAUCAGAGGGGCCCAGACCACAUUCGAUGGAGUUCUCAGAGAUCGGCAGUGGAAGUACAUUGUGUGCAGAAUGACCGAUUUCGACUGUGAAUUUGAGAAUUUAUAGAUGUACAUUCAGAGCCAGUAAACACGAGAGGGCCACUGCUGUUUGGAGAAGAGAGUCCCGUGUGUGACAAACCGCUGUUCUACUACCAUCGACCAAGCAGAUGCUUCCCUCUACACCAAUUUGUCUGUCACAUCGACCACUAAUAUAGGACUACACAAACCCACAACAGAUCCCCUCCCAGUUAUCAUUAAGUACAUUAUUCACCCUUGUUAAUGACAUCUCACCAUUUACUAUUAAUAUUGCAUUAUUCCUGAUUUUUGAUAAUCACCAUACUUGUUUUAUUUUUUGGAUUAAUGUUAUGUUAAGUUUUAGAUGUCAAAUCAUCAUAAUGUUAUCUUUAUAUCUAUCAUAGCACCAUAGCAAUAUAAAUAAAAUGUCGGUGUACAGCACUUAGCCUACUUUUCAAAAAGAAAAAAAAAUCAAGCAAUGUGUCUACUUGUUAUGCUAAAUAAAAGUCCAAUGGUUGAACAAUAA